AUGAUUGCACCGGUCCUGCGGCCAGUUUCAACUUGGACGAUCAGUACUUAUCCAAUGGAACACCAAUAUAUGACCCAGACUCCCAUGCAGUCGCCCAUGUAUUACUACACUCCUCAAAAGCAGCAGCACAUCCACUACAACUCGCACAUGGCCCCCCAGAACAUGGAUUACUUUUCUCAACCCAUUUCAUCCCACGUCCUGUACUCUCAGCGCAGCUCUCCCGUCUACCACCAACAGCCUCAGUACAUCUCGCAAGCCAUGCUCACUCCUGCCGCUUCACCUCGCCCUCAACACCAGAAGCCUACCAUCAUGCUCCAGCAAGAGAUGCCCAGCAUGAACAUGUCAUUCGACUCUGACUGCUAUGGCCCUGCCACUCCCACUCUGUCUGCCACCAGCUUCAACUCUGCCGACAGCCCUCAGUCCAACUACCACAUGAUGCCCACUCCUGCCAACGAGCUUCACAUGAACCCCUUCGAUGGUCUCAAGCAGAACUGUGAGGAUGACAUGUUUGGUGAGUGGACUCAGUCGGGAUCUCCACCUUUGACUCCAGCUGAAGUGUACCUGCAUCCCGCCUCGGCAUUUACCGAGAACAGCAGCUAUCUGCUAUCAACCUCUGCAUGCCCAUCAUUGUCGCCCUCACCUUCGCCCAGCGUCUGUGAUCCCCGCACUUUGACCGUCCCCAGCAACGCCUUCCCCUGCUUGCCCACUCUGUGCGCCGGCGAUGACGAGGAGCACAAGUUGAUUCUCAAGGGUGACUUCACUCCUGCCAAGACCUUUGACGCUUCUGAGUUGAUGCCUGCCAACCACGGCUUCCCUACCUUUGAGCCUCUUUUCGAGCUUGACGUUGAGGACGAGUUCAGCGCCAGCAAGCGCCAGCGCGUUGACUCACAAUUCACUUCCGACUCCAGCUUCUGCUUCACCGACGCAAGCUUCAGUGACGAGGACUUGACCUUCUCUCCUUGCCAGUCCGAGUUCUCCUUCACGUCUGCCCCCGUUCUCGACAUGACUCCUGUUCGUCGCUCGGUCACCAAGAGAGCCGCUAAGGCCGCCCCUCAAUACAACGCUGCUGCACACUCCACCAACAGCCAACCCCACCAAGUUCCCAGCAACGCCGCUGCCUCCUCCUCGUCUGCCUCUAGCGACGACCACUCGCACUCCCACCCCUCGGCUUCCUCAACUACCCGCCGUGGUCGCAAGCAGUCCCUGACUGAGGACCCUUCCAAGACCUUCGUCUGCACUCUUUGCUCGCGCCGCUUCCGCCGCCAGGAGCACCUCAAGCGCCACUACCGCUCUCUUCACACUCACGACAAGCCCUUCGAGUGCACCGACUGUGGCAAGAAGUUCAGCCGUAGCGACAACCUCAGCCAGCACCAGCGCACUCACGGUGCCGGCACCGUUGUCAUGGGCGUCAUGACCAGCGACAUGACUUCCCAAAUGGCCGUCAACGUUCCCGAUGUUGGCUCCGGUGUCCUGCGCCCCAAGAGCGAGUCUCCUGAUGCCAGCGAGCUCGGUGCCAUGCUCUUCGACCACGCCGCCGCGGUUGCCGGGUCAAGCAGUGGAAGCCAAUCGGGCUACGACUCCGCCGAGGACAACAGCUUCCAGCAGAAGAAGAGAAAGCGCGAUGAGUAG